ACAUAAUCCAGGCAGUAAUUACACUGCCACAACAACGUAAUUUAGAAAGCAAUUAAGUGACAUAAAAACAUAAUUUCUCCGAGACGGAGGGGUUGUGUCAUGAGUCUCUCGUCCAUGAGUAGAUGCACGCUUCCUUCUGCAGAGUGAUACGGUUGGUGGGUGUAGUUUGGUAGAGAGAAGAUAGUUCCCAUGUGAACCUGCUCACAACAAGGUCUGUGGAUUAAUUUAAGCAACCUGAUCAUGAUUUCUGGAAAGAGACACUGCUGUUGAGUGCAAGCUGAGUGCCAUCUAGUUGCAUUUUAUUGGAGAGAAUUCAGACUUCUCUACGGCCGAUAUCUCCAACACUUGGAAACACACACCUAAACAAUCUAAACUGAUAAAUAGCACUACAGGUAAAAGGAAAAAUAUGUAUUUGGACUGUCCCUUUAGGACCUCCUGUAACAGUCCUAACUCCCAGCCUGGGAAUCACUGCUUUAUUUUACAAACAUAAAGGAGAGAUCUUUGCAGUCACUGUGUAUCAAAAAUCUCUUUGUCUUUUCUAUCAUUUUCUUCAGACAUGAGAGACCGGCUGAAGCACCUCCAUCAGGCGCAGAUUGACUCUGAUGGUUUCACCACAGUGGAUCUGGACGAUAUCUCAGCACAUGAGGGAGCAACAGCAUCAUCUACUGACCAGGACCUGGAUGGUGUCCUGCAGAAGGCCCAGGAGAUCCGACUGGAGAUCCAGCAGAUCCAGAACGACAUCAGUGAGCUGAAAAAUGUGAACUACCAGGCACUGAACAAGAGCUCAUACCCUCUUGCUUCAAAGUGGGAUUCAAAUGCAAUCGGGGCGGAUAUCAAACGCAGGGGAGAGGCUGUGCUGCAGCGGCUGCACAUGAUGAACGCUCUCACAAGGGAACUGGAAGACCAGCGUGGCAGCUCUGACCCCACAGCACGCAUUGCUCGAACACAGUACCAGUGUCUCAUCAGUGCCUUGCGGGAGGUGAUGUUCAGCUACAAUGACGCAGAGAUGGCCCACAGGGAUGCUUGUAAACGGCAAAUCCAGAGGCAGAUGGAGGUGGUGGGCAGGGAAGUCAGCGAGAAGGAGCUGGAGGAUAUGAUGGAGAGCGGGGAGCUGAACGUGUUCACUGCCCAGGUGGAGGGCAAAACGGCACGCUCGGCUUUCCUGGAGAUCAAGAGCCGACACAAGGAGCUGCUGGAGCUGGAGAAGAGGAUCGAGGGGAUCCAGCAGCUGUUCCUGGAUGUGGCUGUGCUCACGGAGGAGCAGGGUUUAGCCUUGGAAAACAUCCAGAAAAACGUCCAGAAUACUGGAGUGAUGGUUCAGCACGCUGUGUUUCAGCUGGACAGAGCCACUGCAUCUGAUAAAAACAACCCCUUUAAGAAGCUGUUUUGUGGCUGCUUUCCUUGUUAUAACAGUUAAAACUUAUUAGGACCCAGACCCAGUUAACUAGUCCAUGUUGUAAAAACUAAAAGAACAAUGCAUUAAAAUAUCCUUGGAGGGUGGCACAGACCUCCAUGUCCUCGUCAACAGUACCCUGCCUCCUGUUAGGUACCAGGAUGAAAUCCUCAGAGCGACUGUCAGACCUUACACUGGUGUAGCGGGCCCUGGGUUCCUCCUGGUGAUGUGGGCCCUGGGUUCCUCCUGGUGAUGUGGGCCCUGGGUUCGUUCCUCCUGGUGAUGUGGGCCCUGGGUUCCUCCUGGUGAUGUGGGCCCUGGGUUCCCGGCCUCAUGUGGCCAGAGUGUGUCUGCAGUUCCUGGAUGACAAAGGUAUGAUGCCAUCCAACUGAGCAGCUAUGGGACGUUAUGUAUCGUGCAUCUGAUGCUGCCAAGUACCUCCACAGACUGUCCAGGAGCUCACUGAUGCCCUGAUCCAGAUCUGGGAGGAGAUCCCCCAGGACACUAUCCGUUGACUGAUCAGGAGCAUGCCCAGAUGUUGUUGGGAGUGCAUACAGGCACGUGGGGGCCGUACACACUACUGAGUCACAUUAUCAGCCUGUGAUUUCAACUUUUUACUUUGAUUUUCAGUGUGAUUUUGAAUCCAGCCCUCAGUGGGUUGAUGAUUUUGGUUUCCACUGACCAUUGUUACGUCAUUUUGUCCCCAAACAAUUAGAUAUUGUACAUUUUUCAACUUUAAUAAUUCAUUCAUUUCGAUCUGAUGUGUGAUUUAAGUGUUCCUUUAAUUUUUUGAGCAGUGUAUUAUGAUAUGUAGUAAAGCACUCAUAUGGUCAUUUUGUAGUAUUAUGAGUACUUUUAUUUUUGAUACUUUGAGUACAUUUUGCUGAAGAUACACACUUGCACUUAAGUAAUAUUUUUAAUACAGGACUUUUACGUGUAAUGGAGUAUUUUCACUGUCUGCUACUUUUCCUAACAGCCACCAACUGGACUUGAUGGCGAGAAUAUUUUGUCCAAGUGCUGUUUUCUGCUGUUAUUUUUAUGUCAUAUUGUUUUUAUGUUAGUGUUUCCCCCAUGUUUUCAUCCUGACA